AGUUCAAUUUCGACGUGAAAACUGAAAGCAAAGACGGCCGAUGAAACUAGUAAAGAAUUAUACCAGUAAGUGGUCAUAAAAAGAAAGGAAUUAUUUAUCUGGUAAUACGUUGUAUUGAUGAUUUGCCUUCUUUCUUUUUAUCAAAAUGAAAUAUUUGUGAAUCAUCUUGCAGUAGUGUGAGCCUGAGGCUGAGUGCAGUGUUAAAAAUAUGCCACUGGCACUGCCCUGGCACCGCUCUCUCUACUUAACUCCAGCGGGAGCUCCCCCGCAGAAAGGCGUCGGAGCUAGCGAAGAAUAAAGUUACCCAGUGGCAGUGAGGAUUCGAUUCGCAGGGCUUGUGAAGAAAGUCAAGAUGGGAAAGAGAGUAGAUAAGACUCAAAAAGAUAAAGGACCUCCAUCAUCAGUUCAAGAUAAUGAAGAUGAUGCCAAUAAAACACCAGAACCCUACACAUGUACAGGUCACUUUGAGGCUGACUUCAGUGAACUUUGGCGUCGGGCGGGGCUACAGGUCACAGAGAUGCCCCCAGUAGUCAUCCGCCCCAAGAGACCAGGUACACCUCCCCCUCCAGACCCAAAAGCUAAGGGAGCAGAUCAAACACCAGAGGAUAAAGUAGAAGAUGAUGGAGAGGAAACCAAACCAAAGACAUAUGUUACCAAGGAGAAGUUCUCUUACUUUAAGCCUAAGAUUCAUUUAGAGAUGGAAAAAGAGGAUAAACAGGAUACUGUCACAGAAAUCUUUAUCAGAGGUUGGAAGAUUGAUGAAACAAUGGUUGGAAUCUUUAAGCAAUGCUUCCCAGCAAUAGAAAAGCUCCAUACCAUCAACUUAUGGAACACUAGCUUGACAGAAAAAACAUUAAAGGAAUUGUCAUCGUUCUUGCCUCAAUGUCAGAAUCUAAAGAAUGUGACAAUCGAAGGUAAUCCCAUCCCUGAGGAGCCUUGGGCAUGUCUCAUUGGUGAAGACAGCAUAAUCGUGAACUUAUCAUUGCGACAUAACAACAUCUCUGAGAAAGGAGCUAAGGCGCUAGGUCAGGCCAUCUCAAAUGAGAAGACUUGCAAUAAAAACUUACUCUCUCUCAACCUAAGCAAUAACAAGCUUGGGGAAGCUGGUGCAAUAGCUCUUUUGGAUGGUUUAAGAAUGAACCGAGUGCUUCUAUCAUUGUCACUGGCUAGUAAUGAACUGACAGACAAGGCAGCUAUAUAUGCAGGUGAAAUCUUCUCAAGAUUUCCUCUCACACAUACUGAAGUGGUAGAAAGACGUAAAGCACUCAGUGAUAAAGGCUCACCAGAGAGAGGAAGUGGCAAGUCGCCACCCCCUUCCAGAAGAGCCGAGUCUAAAGACAGACCAGGGAGUGUGAAGAGCGGUAGCCAUCUUGAUAAAACAGAUAAAAAGAGAGAUAAAUCGUCAAAAAGAAAGGAGAUUGUAAAAAUAAAAGAAGAAACAAAAACUUCAAAGGGAGGCCAUUUGGAUGGCAAGAAAGAAAAGGAAGAAGAGAAGACAAAAACAAGCAGAUCAUCCAUGGAUAGCAAGAAAGAUAAAGAAGAAACACAGAAAGGAGGGACAAAGAAAGAUGACAAAUGGAAGAAAGCUGGCUUUAAAAUGUCCUUAACUGGUGGUGGCCGUGCUACUGCUGUUACCAUAGAUACCCAACGUCAUGGAUCAAGAGCUGAAACAAUGAAAGCAACAAAAGGAAAAACCAAAGGAAAAGACAAGAAACAGAGUGAGGCAGAGUCACCUGAUAUAUUAGAAGCUAUUAAUCCUUUGAUAGCAGAGCAACCCGAGUCUAUUGAUGGUCAACUAUGGAUCCCAGGAAACAGAGCUUUGAUUAAUCUCAAUCUUACACGUAAUCAUAUUGGUGAAUCAGGAAUGAAAUCUUUGUUAUUAGCUGUACAGUAUCAACAGACAUUGAGCACUCUUUCACCACACCCUGCACUCAAAGGAUUAAUGAGAUUAUCAAUUACAAAGAACAGUGUUUCUGGGCAGUGUGAGACUUAUCAGAAGUUGCAUGAUCUGAUGAUUCAAAAAGAUCCAUUCUACAAGCCUCAAUCACAGAGUCCUUCAGGAGACAACCAGUCAACUGCUGGUUAACCCAAUGAUCUAUUCUACUAGCCCCAGCCAUGGAGUCCUUCAUAAGAUGACCAAUCAACCACGUGUUAAUCCAAUGAUCUAUUCUACUAGCCCCAGCCAUGGAGUCCUUCAUAAGAUGACCAAUCAACCACGUGUUAAUCCAAUGAUCUAUUCUACUAGCCCCAGCCAUGGAGUCCUUCAUAAGAUGACCAGUCAAAUGCUGGUUAACCCAAUGAUCUAUUCUAUUAGCCCCAGCCAUAGAGUCCUUCAUAAGAUGACCAAUCAACCGCUGGUUAAUCCAAUGUUCUAUUCUACUAGCCCCAGCCAUGGAGUCCUUCAUAAGAUGACCAAUCAACCGCUGGUUAAUCCAAUUAUCUAUUCUACUAGCCCCAGCCAUGGAGUCCUUCAUAAGAUGACCAACCAACCACGUGUUAAUCCAAUGAUCUAUUCUACUAGCCCCAGCCAUGGAGUCCUUCAUAAGAUGACCAGUCAAAUGCUGGUUAACCCAAUGAUCUAUUCUAUUAGCCCCAGCCAUGGAGUCCUUCAUAAGAUGACCAAUCAAUCGCUGGUUAACCCUAUUAUCUAUUCUAUUAGCCCCAGCCAUGGAGUCCUUCAUAAGAUGACCAAUCAACCGCUGGUUAAUCCAAUUAUCUAUAUGCUACUAGCCCCAGCCAAAGAGUCCUUCAUAAGAUGACCAAUCAACCACUGGUAAAUCCAAUUAUCUAUAUUCUACUAGCCCCAGCCAUAGGGUCCUUCAUAAGAUGACCAAUCAACAGCUGGUCAAUCCAAUGGUCAUCUGCUUGUUAACCUAAAGCAGAUCAACCACUGGUUAUCCCAACCCUGAAUUGUCCAACUUUGUUAGUCCAAUUUAUGUCUGGUUUAGUCAAACCUUUGUCUAAUUCAGUUUGUCUUACCCAGUAAAUCUAAUCAAGCUAGUUCAUCUACCAUUUUUAUGAAGUCCUUGACGAUGAAUCUUUUAUUGGUCCCAGUCUUGAAAUGAUUUUGAAAACCCUUCUAAACUUUUCUAUUGAAUAAUAUUCAAUUGUUUUUAUAUUGGAUAUUUUCAUAGUAAUAAUAACAAGGAAAUUGCACUUUUACGAAGCUAUGUUCUAUUUCUAGACCUUGGCAGAUGAUAAUGUUAUAUUCAUUGUCGCUUCAUAGUGUAAAUCACAUAGUACUGAUUUGGAAAUGCGGAUUCUCUUGAUGGGUAUCUGAGAUGAACCGCAUGUUCAGUGAAAUUAUUUCAUUAUAGCAAAGAUUAAUCCUUCAUAUUUCAUUCAGCUUGUAAUAUUCCUGUGACCUUAUUCACUCAUGGGUGAAGUCUUUUAAUUGAUACGUAGCAUAUAUCAUCACUUAAAACAUUCUGAUUAAAGAAUAUAUCACAGGUGGAUGGGACAAGGUUACCCUCUCACAAAGACUGCUGUACAACGUUCUUAAAUUUAGGGUGGAGGGAGGGGGGGAUGUCCCCCUAUGCCUGCUUCUAGGAUGUUAUAAUUAAUUCAUCUGGGGAAUCAAUCACAUAUGGGUAAUGAAAAGACGACGUUCUGAGUGGAACAUAAUGUAAUUCACUGAUGUACAGUACAAAUAUAGAAUUUUUUUUAAAUCUCUAAAUUUCUUCUUCCCUUUUAUGAGAGUGCCAAAUCAUUCAAUCACUAUCAUAUGAUAUAUGUAUAUUCAGUAGAUUGGUAAGAUUCAGAUAAACCGGUGCCUAAUUUACUUGACAGAUAGAGUGUUCUUGGCAGAUUCUGAGAUCCCCAUGUUGGGAAAAUUAUUUUCAAAAUCUUAACCGAAGGUUAAGUUUUUGAAAUGACAUCAUAACUUAGAAAGUAUAUGGACCUAGUUCAUGAAACUUGGGCAUAAGGUUAAUCAAGUAUUAGUGAACAUCCUGCUCGAGUUUCAGGUCACGUGACCAAGGUCAAAGGUCAUUUAGGGUCAAUGAACUUUGGUCAAGUUGGGGGUAUUUGUUGAAUUACUAUCAUAACUUUGAAAAUAUAUGGAUCUAGUCCAUGAAACUUGGACACAAGGUUAGUCAAGUAUUAGUGAACAUCCUGCUUUAGUUUCAGGUCACAUGACCAAGGUCAAAGGUCAUUUAGGGUUAAUGAACUUUGGCCAAGUUGGGGGUAUUUGUUGAAUUACCAUCAUAACUUUGAAAAUUUAUGGAUCUAGUUUAUGAAACUUGGACAUAAGAGUAAUCAAGUAUCACUGAACAUCCUGUACGAGUUUCAGGUCACAUGACCAUGGUCAAAGGUCAUUAAAGGUCAAUGAACUUUGGCCGUGUUGGGGGUAUUUGUUGAAUUACCAUCCUAACUCUGAAAGUUUAUAGAUCUAGUUCAUAAAACUUGGGAUAUAAGAGUAAUCAAGCAUCACUGAACAUCCCCUGUGAGUUUCAGGUCACAAAACCAAGUCAAAGGUCAGUUAAGGUCAAUAAACUUAGGCCAUGUUGGGGUAAUUGUUGAAGUGCCAUCAUAACUUUGAAAGUUUAUGGAUAGAGUGAAUGAAAUGUGGACAUGGGUGUAGUUGACAGUCUUAAGUCUCUGUUCAAAUGUCAUUUAUGGUCAAUGAACAUGGUAUUAUGUCAUUAUAUGAAUGAUGUUUUUGUGAAUGAUUAUUUUAUAGUAGUUUUCAAAGUUAGCACUGCUGCUAUAUUAAAUUGCGUAAUGCAGGCGAGACUGCCAGAGACGUUCCACUUGUUACGUUUUUGUACACGGUUUUGGAAAAAAGUGGGGGGCUGAAGCCCCCCCAGCCCCCCCCCCCCCCCCCCCCCCCGGUUCCGCGGCCCCUGUGCUGUAUGGGCCCGGUGUAUGGGAAGGGGGGUACUGUGUAAUAAGUGACAAUUCUUCUCUAAUCUUCUAAUAGUUGUGGAUAUCAUACCAUGUAUUCCACAUGAUUCAUGUCAAUAUACUAUACAUCCUGAGUAUAAGUUAAAAAUAGUGUCUUUUCAAUCAUUGAUGAAUUGCUAUGAUGUUUAUGAAAGACGAGCAAUCAUACAUGAAUCUAUGCACUACUAUUUAGUCUGAAAUGUGGUAAAACCCUUCAGUUCUUUCAAACAAGGUACCUUUAGAGGGCCCAUUUAAUGAAGAACUUACAACUUUGGUUACUGCAAUGUCAAUAACUUAUGAUUUCAAAAUAACCCUUUCCAGAUCUCUGAUUUUCAAAGGGUUGCUAUUGAUACAAAGACCAAAAAAAGUAAGCUUUCAAAGUCAUUUUGUUUUCUUGUUAAGGUACAUAUAAUGUUAUAUGAAAACUUUUCAUGAUGCAAACUAAAAAGGCUUCCCAACAAGAGGGAAGCUAUCAAAGUACGAGUCUUCUGCUGAGCCAACUCUUUUCAGAAAAAAUAUGUUUGCAUAUCAGUUAUAAGUUUAUGUAUAUAUUUGAAUAUACUUGAAUAUAUAUGUAUGCCGUAUGUAUGUACAGGGGCCGCGGAAGCGGGGGGGGCUUCAGCCCCCCACUUUUUUUCCAAAACCAUGUACAAAAACGUAAAAAUGACCAUAUGAUUGUGAUGUUUUGCAUGGUCAGCCCCCCAUUUUUGGCUCAGCCCCCCCCCCCCCACUUUGAAAACCGUUCCGCAGCCCCUGAUGUAUCGGAAAAGUUGAUAAAGUUUAAGUUGAUAAAGUUUUUUUUUUAUAUGUAUAUAUACAUGUACAUACUGUGUUCUAUUUACAUCCAUUCGAAAUUCUAAAUGUAUAAUACAUUGUAUAUAGUUUUUGUUUUUUCUCAAAAAUGCAAUUACUUUGUAAUAUAUUUGUACAGAUUAGAUUUUGAAUAUGAAUGUUUUCUAUUAAAGAGAUUAAAUUUGAAA